AUGGCGCUCCGCGUUCGUUUGUCAAGAGCAGCAGCAGUCUCAAGCCCGCUCGGAACUUCCUUGUUAGCAUCAUCUACUUUUCAGACGGCUAUAGCUCACCGAGCCUACACUACCGGGCGCGAUGAUGACCGUGCCCAGCCUGCGCAGAUACCUUUGUUCUGGGAGAAGCCCCGCACGCCAGGAAAGGAGGAGGCUGAUGCUCUGCUUUCGUCGCUGCGCAGCAAAGGCGGCGCUGAACCUUGGGCUUCCGAGGAAGAUGAGAUCUUGAUUGCGCAAUUGGUCUUGUGGCCAACAACUGGCGAAGAACAGCUGAAGAAUCUCGCAAUGAAACUGCAGCGCCCCCCUGAGAGCGUGACUGAACGUCUGAAGACGUUGGCUAGCGACCCCAAGUUGGAUGGGAAGCUUGCAUUCACAGACGAGUUUCUACGAAGCGACCUCAGCGCCAAAGAGGAGCAGAUCCUCCUUGAACGAAUGGAAUACAUCAUCGAAACUCUUCUCAACAACACUAUUGGUGUUGAUUACCUCUGGAAAUUCAACUUAGUGUACCAAUCAGAUAAUUCGUUCACGGAUUGGGCACAUUUGAUUCUUGACUUGAUUCCGUUGCAAGUCAAGCAUAUCUUGGCGGCAAGCAGACCACCAACAGCCAGGGAAUUGUUGACGUUGCCUUGGAGUCACACACAGUCCAUGGGAGUUUAUGGAAGGAUUUUUAUACCCAGAAACGCUGAAGCAUAUCAAUCAGGACACUUUCUCUACGUGGGCACAGCCAUCUUGGAUCAACUUGGACUGCAGGGAAGGAGAAUUCGAGAUAAGAAAGUGGAUCGUGAUUGGACGAGUGAUGGCGAGAAAGGACAAAAUAUGAACGGCAAGGUGAGGUUUUUCGAUUUAAUCGUUAUUGAUCCUGCGGGAAAGGACUUCGACGGUAUUAGGGAGGCAAGCCAUUUGAUUUUGCUUGCCGAGGCGGCUCUUAGUAUCUGGCUUGGAGCAUUGCCGUUCGAAAAGCCUGGAUAUGAAUCCUGGAAAAAUAUCUUUCCUUGGACCAGUGAGGGCGGCUAUGGAUAUGCAGGCACCUUCUCGGACAAUCCCUUGAUAGAAGGUACGUUGAAGCAUUCGGCAAGGAGGCGAGCGAAGGCUGCAGAAGCCGAUUCAGUUGACAUUAGCUCAGUAUAA